AUGAUCCGCCAACUCCUCCUCGCUGCCCUUCCCUUGGUUUUAGCCAACCCCCUGCCUGUCCCCGAGGAGGCUGCCAACGCCGAUGUCGCCGCGGCCGCUGACAUUGCCCUCCCACCCCACUGGCACCAAGGAGGUCGCGGCUCGUCUUCUUCCUCCUCCACGUGCGGAAAACUGAACGGCCCCCGUUACUGCAAAGGAACCGCCUACGACCCCUCCCAAACCAACAAGUACCUCUGCGGCGACUCCCGCCUCGGCCCUACCCGCCUCCCCAGGCGUGAGCCGUUGGACUCCAUCACCGAGUUUUACGACCGGUUCGGGGGCCUGUGCCCUGGUGUCUUUCUUGACACCUGGUUCAACGUCACCGGUACUGGGUGGUGGUGGUACCCCGAGGAGAACGGGUUCGUCCUUGGGGACAGCGGCCUGCCGAUUGUGGGGGAGGUCACGCUCGGGAGGGGGACGCUGCUCGAUCGGUUUGGCGGGGAGACGGGGACGUUUGUCAGCCCUGCUGGGGCCGGUUAUCAACAGAGGGCGCUGCCGCCGACGAACUUGAAUACUCCGGCUGAUACUGGGGUUCCAUACAACUACCACGUCUACUCGGUUCUCGUCCCAUUUGUCGUCCGGUCUGGUCCGAUCAGGCCGUGGUUUGGGCAGCCUGGAAAUGGGGUGCAGUUUGAGCUGCCAAAGACUGUGGCUGAGUUGAUUGUUGAUGGGGUCUUGAAAGCGGAGGAUGUGCGCAUUGUUCUUCUAUGAGGGUGUUACAAAGGGGGUGGGAGAAAGGGGGAAAGUAUACAUCUUGGUGAUUCAAAUUUGAAAGUUGAAGGGUCAAAAGGGGUAUCAGCGGGAAAUCAAGGCGUUGUAGCAAACAAGGAAAAACUACCAUUACUAUCUAUACCACUUCAACUAACUAUCCUCAUCAAGAACAAAAGUCAUCCAACAAUCCAAAGAGACAACAAGCAUUAAAAACAGGUGAAUGCCCCCCCAACCCUGAGAAGCGAAUGACCAACCAACCCCCUCAAAACCACCCCCCUUCCUCACCCCUAUCCCCUC